UUCAAUGAACCAGGAAGAGGGGGGCGCGGGCGUGGACGUGGUCGUGGGAGAGGCUUCUAUCGACAAUUUCAAAUUCCCAAAGAUGAGUGUAUGAUCUGCAGAGAAAAAGGACACUGGGCGAAGAACUGCCCCCACCGGCGAGAGGAGGGAGAGACAAGAACUUUCACUGCCGACUGAAAUAGAGAAAGGGAGGAGAUGGCAGACGGGGAGGAGACGACCAAUCAACCCACCGAGGAUCAAAGAAAGGAAAGUGAAUCACACACACACACAGACGCUAAAGCAAUGAAGUAUUCGCUUGCCAAACUAACCGAACACAUACAAACAAGCUACAGCAAUGAAGAACCGCUUGCCAAAUUAACCGCACACACACACACACCAGAUCACACACAACUUUGUGGUACUUAUGUUAAGUACAAUAGUGAUGCUUUUAAGAAAAUGCCACAACUCGAACUGUGUGUUAACGGUCACAAACUUAAUUUCAUGGUUGACUCUGGUGCAGGUUAUUCUGUGGUUAGGACUUCAGAUUUGCCCACAUCUCCUGAGAUGAGUGGUCGCUUUAUAUUCUCUCAAGGUGCCAGCGGUGCCACUGUAAAAGAAAACUUCACAAAACCUCUCAAAUGCGCCGCUCAGUUUGACAAACAUCAACAACAUCCCAUAAAGUUUGAACAUGGUUUUCUGUUGUCUCCCUGUUGCCCAAUUAAUCUAUUAGGAAGAGAUUUGAUGAUUGUGUUAGGCCUCAACUUAGUAUCCUCCUCUGAAGGAGUGACGGUUACACACAAUUCUUCUUCACCCACAUUCACAAUGUCUCAGACCACACAUGAGCAGAUGUUUGCAUAUCAGUGGCAACUUCCUAUAAAUGCCUCCACUGAUCUGCUCUCCACGUCGCACUCUCUUGUCACUCCUUUUUCGGAUUUCAUGCACACUGAUUCAUUGCAUUGCACCUCACAUGUGACAAGCACAGUAGAUCACGUUUAUGAAUCUCUGUUUUUGCCUUUUUCUGAUGAUUCUCUGAAAGUGUCCAAUGUUUUUUGGUCUGGUUCCAGAAGUGCAGCUUUCGUCUCACUCACUGACCAACAGUUCGCACUGUUUCACGUCUUGAAUUCCAGCCCUCACAUCCCGCUCUCCAAGUCUCAUGAUGACAAGUGGCAAGACUUAGGCCCAUUUGUCAGAUCAUGCCAGGCUGCCGUUGAUUGGCAACCCACAACCAGGCCUGACGUAAUGUAUUCCCCCAGUCUGAGUGCAUUUGAUCUAAAAAUGUCUCCAACCCUCUGUUGUCCAGCCACACACUCAUUUGUUGUGACUGAAAAUCACCUUCAUUCUUAUGCAAUGUUGUCUAGCCCCUCUGACAUUUCUCCUUUACUUUCAGAUCUGCCUGAAACACUGUGGGCAAAGGACAAAUAUGAUGUGGGCCUCAUCAGAAACUGUGAUCCAGUCAAAAUCACUCCAAAAUCUGAUUACAGGCCAUGUAAACAACAAUAUCCACUCAGACAAGAAGCAGUGGAGGGGAUACGUCCUGUUUUUGAAUCCUUUUUGCAGGCUGGAGUAAUUGUCCCCUGCCCUGAUUCACCGGUCCGCACUCCACUGUUCCCAGUUAAAAAGAUCAGAGACAAAGGUCAACCUACUGAGUGGCGGUUUGUGCAGGAUUUGAAGGCUGUGAAUGAUGCUGUAAUUUUUCGAUCGCCUAUUGUUCCCAACCCAUACACACUGCUUUCCCAAAUUCCGCCUAAUGCAGUGUGGUUUUCGGUUGUAGAUUUAUCCAACGCUUUUUUUAGUGUUCCUGUCCACAAGGACAGCCAGUACUGGUUUGCUUUUAAUUUUGAAAACAAGGCCUACACGUUCACACGCUUAUGUCAGGGCUACUGUGAGUCUCCGUCAUUGUACAAUCAGGCUCUCAGGAACAGUCUUGAACCCCUCAUCCUCACUCCGGGUUCAGCUCUCUUGCAGUAUGUUGAUGAUCUACUAAUUGCCAGUCCCACACAGGAGCAAUGUGAAACAAAUACGAUCGCUUUGCUGAGGCAUCUGGCUCGUGAGGGCCAUAAAGUCAGUCUCAGCAAACUACAGUUUGUACAACAAACUGUCACGUUUCUGGGUCAUGUCGUCACCAAAGAUGGCAAAUCCCUGUCUGAUAAGAGAGUAGAAGCUAUUGUUAACAUGCCAAAACCCUUGACGAAGAAACAACUCAUGUCAUUCAUCGGCACAUGCUCUUUCUGUAGAACGUUCAUUCCUGACUUUGCUCUUCUUGAAGCCCCCUUAGGUGCUCUGUACCACGGCAAAUCACUCACUCCUCAUGAACGUGUCGUUUGGACUCCAGAGGCAGACGAGGCAUUUGUCACACUGAAGAAGACGCUGCAGCAAUCUCCCACUCUUGCUCUCCCUUACCCUGACAAACCUUUUGUUCAGGCUGUGGAUGAGAGAGACCGCUGCAUGACUUCCGUCCUCCUUCAGUCGCAUGGUGACAAGUUUCGCCCUGUCGCCUACUUCUCUGCCAAACUUGAUCCGGUGGCAGCUGGCCUUCCACGUUGUUUGCGUGCAGUGGCCGCAUGUGAAAAAGCCGUUCUUGCCUCACGAGACAUAGUAGGUUACUCUGACUUGACACUCCUUGUUCCUCAUGCUGUGUCUCUCAUUCUUACAGAACAGAAGACCUCACAUCUCUCUGCUGCUCGCUGGUUGCGGUAUCACACUGUUCUUCUUGACAUGCCCAACAUCACAGUGAAACGCUGUUCAACUUUGAACCCAGCCACGCUUCUUCCGCUUCCGGAUGACGGGGAAGAACACAACUGUGUGGCUGAACUUCAAGUCCAGUGUUCCCCACGACCUGACCUCUUUGACGAACCUCUUUCUAACUCUGACUUGAUUCUGUAUGUCGAUGGGUCUGCCUCACGUGACCCUGUCUCUGGUACUAACUGUGUUGGUUUCUCUGUUUGUUCAGAUAGCGAAGUCCUCGUCUCGAGUUCUCUUCCUCAUCACCUCUCAGCACAGGCAGCAGAGCUCAUCGCACUCACGGAAGCAUGCAAACUGGCUACUGGUAAAACACUCACAGUCUACACUGACUCCAGAUAUGCAUUCGGUGUAACUCAUGAUUUUGGUGCCGUUUGGCAACACAGAAACUUCCUCACAUCCUCUGGUAAAAAGAUAGCACACCAUGGUCUCAUCACAGAUCUUCUAUCUGCGAUUUUGCUCCCAAAAACGGUGGCUGUAUGCAAAUGUGCUGCACACACAAGUGCUACGGAUGUGGUGUCUCGGGGAAACGCCAAAGCAGACACAGCGGCUAAAGCUGCAGCUCGCUUACCACCUCCUCUUUCAAACAAACAAUUGGCUGCACUCACAUCUGACAUGUCCUCCUCUCUUUCUGCAGUACAGUCCACUGCUACUCCUCCUGAGAUCUCCCUAUGGAAGAAGUCCGGUGCUAUGUUCCAAGCUGGUGUGUGGUAUGGUCCUGACAACAAACCCUGUUUGCCAAAACAUUUCUUUCCCCAUUAUGCUAAGUUAUCUCAUGGCAAAGAUCACACAUCUAAAAUGGGGAUGUUAUCUAUGAUAACAGAACAUUGGUUCACGAAAGGUUUCUCCACCUAUGCUCAAAAGUACUGUCAGGCAUGCGUAAUCUGCGCCACACACAACGUUGGCAGGCCAGUGGCUGUAACCAGCCAGGCAGCUCACCAACCACCAACUCGACCUUUUGAACAUCUGAUGAUGGACUUCAUAGAGCUGUCACCAUCAGAAGGUAAAUCUCACUGCUUAGUGAUGGUCGACAUGUGGUCAAAAUGGGUUGAAGCUUUCCCUGCCUCAAAACAAACUGCAAGUGUGGUCACCAAAGCAUUGUUAAGAGACAUUAUUCCACGAUGGGGAAUUCCUAGCAGGAUUUCCAGUGACAACGGCAGACACUUCGUAAACGAAGCUGUCAAACAACUCGGUUCUCAUCUAGGUAUGGAUGUGCGAACACACUGUGCAUAUCAUCCAGCCAGUGGUGGAGCUGUGGAACGAGAGAAUGGCACACUCAAAACUAAACUUGCAAAGUGCUGUGAAGACACAGGUCUUGCAUGGACAAAAGUCCUGCCUCUGGUGCUGAUGUACAUGAGGAUGAGAAAACGAACAAGGUCUAAUCUUUCACCUUAUGAGAUUCUUUUUGCAACUCCUCCCCACAUUGGUGUGGCUCCUCCAUCUUCUCCGCUUCCAUCCACAGACUUGUGUGAUGAUAACAUGUUGUCUUAUUGUGCUAACCUAACUUCGUCUCUUUCAGACAUCAGGAGACAGGUGACCUCCUCCCUUCCUCAUCCAGCUACUGAACCGCUUCAUAACCUCCAGCCAGGCGACUUUGUGGUGGUCAAGGACUUCCGGAGAAAGAAUUGGCGCUCACGCAGGUGGCAAGGGCCUUACCAGAUACUGCUCACAACCUACACAGCCGUGAAAGUUGCUGAAAGAGCCACCUGGAUCCACGCCAGCCAUUGCAAACGAGUACCAUCUCCAUCGGACCAGCUGACGCCUUCAACUGAAAGCACACACACUGAUACUCUCCCUCCAGCUUGCGUAUGUGUUUCUGAGUGAUUUCACUAGACAAAAACAGCUAUUGCAAUUAUCCUUUCAACUUCAUAUUUUAUGAUGCCUUAAUUUAAAUCUCUGAAUUUUUAAGGUUGAUGUGUUACUUUAUGAAGUUUGUACAUACUUAAUAAUAUAUACAUACCACUUCUGUCUGUCCUGGGUGAGGAAUCCCUCACAUGUGGAUCUCUCUAAGGUUUCUACUUAUUUUUCACCCUGUGAAAAGGGUUUUUUUUAGUAAUUUUCUUCCUUACGCUUUAUGAGGGUUAAGGGCAGAGGUUGUCACCCCAUGUUUAAGGCCUAUGAUAUUUUCAACCUUACAUAUACUUUAUGUUGACAUUUAACAUUUUAUUACAUUUUAAUAUGAGUUACUUUUGCCAAUCAAUACAGUAUGUUACAUUUUGAUAAUGGUUAAUGAGAAAAUGAUUUUGUUUGACCUGAUUUCCUUCCAUAUUUUUUCAUUUUAAACGCUUGCUCCAUUACAGGAAAAUAACUUUUUUUUGUUUCCUUUCCGCAAAAACAGCAACGGCUACCUAUUGUGGCCUCAUCGCCAGUGACUCUGUAUAUAGGAUUGCAGACUCUAUGAUUUUCUUCUAUGAUUUGAUGUUUGUUACUGAUGUUGAUUAUGAUGUUUCUUGAUUAUUUUUCGUUAGUGAUCAUAUUUUUUAUUGAUGAUCAAAUGGGGGAGUGUAAUGGAAAAUAUCACUGACCAGUGUCUAAGGUAUUGGAUAUCCCCUUACUAAGUGUCUCACUGCUGUGAUACUGUCUACCUGACAGGAUGGAGCCCUUAUUUGUUGAUGUUUUUCCUUAAUUGGUACCAGGGACGGUAGGGUGAGGUUUUUCAUCUAACUGGUACCGGGGACGGAAGGACACAGCAGAUAAGAUAGAGGAUGAUCUCAUGUCUUUCAUGUCUUCUUUUUUUUUUUCAUAUCAUGUCUUAUGAAACGCCUCUUUGUAUAAGUUCUGGCUUCUGUGAACUUACAGCCAGUUGUUCCAUUUUGAGCACCCGUGCUUGUUGUGUAAACUCUGCAGAGCUUAUUAUUAUAAAGACUCAAAAGCAACUCCGGUCUGAGAAUUUCAUUAUUUCAAAUCUCAAGAUGAA